AAGAAAACGUGAAACCAAAUCCGAGCAGUAGGUCACAGAAGCUAGUUAUUUUAAAACUAAUACUCAACUACACCGCGAACAUGGCAGAUGGAGCGAACAGGCAGUUUAGAAAAACGCUCGUCGCGUUUAUAGAGUAAAAUGAGUGCGCUCGGCUGUACUCGUGUAAUGUGCGUUGUUGUUGUUGUUGUUUGGCUCUGAUGUCUCUGCCUGUAGUUCUGCCCGGAUCUUGUUGUCGUUUGUCGGGCGUCGCCUUUGCCCAUCAGUUCGCAGACGCGUCGUACCGGAGUCGCGCCCGGUGCGCGUCGGUCCUCCCGUCCCGCAUGUCUGGAUCUCAGACGCGGCUCAUCCCGGCGCUGCUGCCCGCUCGCCCUCUGCUCUCCCUCGGCUUGCUGCAGCUCGUGCUCGGCUGCUCCAUGGUGGCGCUCUCUUUCGGGGCUCUGUCCCUCAGCAAUUCGCCCCCCAUUAGAAACUCCUGUCCGUUUUGGGCCGGAUCAUCUGUAAUUCUCUCUGGGAUUAUAGGCUUGACCACAUGGAAACGACCGAUGCUGCUGUUGGUGAACCUGUUUGUAUUGUUGUCCGUGGUGUGUAUCUUACUUAACCUGGCUGGGUUCAUCCUCUGCUGUCAGGGAGCUCAGCUGGUCUCCAGUACCAUCAAUUGCCAGCUGACUGACCAGGGUGACUUCUGCUCCUGCUGUUCAGAGACCCCAGUCGCCCAAUGCCAGGAGGAGAAGUUAGUAAAGAUCUCUGCAAGCUAUGCAUGUGGCACAAUGAGAAUCUUACUUAAGAAAGUCCUCUUUGCAUUGUGUGCGCUCAAUGCUCUGGCCACAGCUGUGUGUUUGGUCGCUGCGGCGCUCAGAUAUCUCCAGAUCUUCUCCACAAGACGACCCUGCAUGGAAGAGUCCCGACCGGUUCCAGAAGAAGUGGAGGAGCAGACUCGUCUUCCAGACCCGGACGAGUUUGUUGCUCCCACACCUCCGCCUUCUUACUUCUCGACCUUCUCCUCGUACACCCCACGCCUGGCCCGCAGGAUGUUUGGUGAAGGUGUGAUUCCUCUUCCUCAUAUAUAUGGCGCCAGGAUUAAAGGUGUGGAGGUCUUCUGCCCGCUAGAACCUCCUCCACCGUAUGAAGCUGUUGCAUCACAGCCAACAACACGGGCCCAGCAAGCUGAGGUGCAAAUGACAGAUCUGACCGAUGUCCUCACAGACGCCACAGAAGCAGAGACACCUGCUGAUGACAGGUGCAGUCAGACAGCCAUGCAGAGUCCAACACCACCAACAGAAUCCAGACAGCCUCAUUCUGCAGUUUCGCCUCCCAGAAGACCUCAAAGACUUUGUCUCCGCAGAUCUAACAGCGACCCUGUCCUUCUGGACAUCGCUGCCAAGGUGAUAAGUUGUGAGGCAGCUACCCAGACAGAGUUAGGCCCGGGUCCCGCUCCUGUGUCAGUGACUGUAUCAGAGCAAGAGACAGUUACGUUACGGCGGGGGCGUGGCAAGCGAAAGCCCCGCCCUAACUCCAUGGUCGACUACAAGAGCUAUAGAGACACGAAACUGCUGGUGGCUCGCUUUUUGGAGCAGUCCAACAGCAGCUUAACUCCUGAGGUACAGGAGCUGGUGAACAGCAUUAAAACAGUGCUGCGCUCCGAUGAGGAACACAUGGAGGAGGCCGUACGCUGUGCCAGCUUCAUUGACCAGGUCAUCACUGUUUCAGAGACCUCACCAGUAAAACCCACCCCACACAGACACAGUCAGACAAAGCCCACCUCAAGCACGCUGCCUCUGCGCAAACGACCGGGAAUCCUCCAUCUGCGCAGCUGCGGUGAUCUGAGCUCUUUUACCUGGGCGGAGCUGCAGGACGUGGCAGAGCGUAGGCCCGCAUCCCACUCCCGAACAAACUCCAGGAUGGGCUCUCGGCCAGGAACUCUGUCCCGUCGCCUGGACCAGGAACGUCCACACAGCCUUAUAGGAGUCUUUAGGGAAACUGUCCUUUGAGCUCCACUGCAUUACAGUGGAAAAAAUAGACUCCGCCUAUGCUGGAUGAUGGACGCAAAGCUUAUAGAUAAGCAGGACAUCCAUGGAUUCUAGCGUGCCUGGAUUUGGUGUCAGUGUCUACUUUUCAGUAGUUGAAUCGUGUUGGAUUUUUAAACAGUUGCUUGUAUUUUCUAUGAAUUAUACUCUUGUAAAACACUGGAAAUGUUACUUAUUUAAAAAUUAUAGUGACAUUUAAAAUAUAUGCAAAUAUAAAUAACUAUUAUAUUAAGAACAUUAAUCACAAAUCUUUUGGAUACAAAUGUAAAGCCUUACUUGGGUCGAUAUAAGGUAUUAAUAUUGUGAGGAAGAGAAAGAAUUCAAUUCUUUUGUUUUAGUUUUUUAUUAAACUAUUUUAGGUUAUUUUACUUUUCCCCAGGUUGAAUGUGAGAUGCUCCUGUGUAUUAUAUGAGUGAAAGUGACAAUCAAAAUUCACAGAAGAUGAAUAAACAUUGUCUUUUAAGCUC